AUGAUCCGCCUGUCAUGUACGCAAAUGCGGCAAGUGUUGUUCAUGGCGAGAAGAGUCGCGAAACAGUUCAAUAAGUACAAGGAGACCGAUUUGAUAAGAUAUAUCCAGGAUAAAAUGGAAGAGAUCGGUUGCGUUCUCUUUGGUAUGAACAAAGGUUUGGUCUUCCAGAUGGUGUUUACUCGCCGUUUUGUUCGUGAUCAAAGUGGCAUGCAGUUGUAUCCCCCAUGCGUUUGCCGACUGUGCGUGGACAAAGAGCUGCCUCGUUACUCGAGUGACCGUCGGAAACGCGCCUUCGUCGCUUAUGCUCAUCCAGUUGUUCUUCACAUUUUGGAGCAUCUUUCAGCAGGGCAAUUGCCUCAACAUGUGCGUGGGAAAUACUUGCUUUUCGAGAGAGAAUCAAAGAGAACACUGUCAAAUGCACAAAAAUAUUUUUUGUGCGUUUGA